AAUGCCGCAGCGGUAAGAGAAGGGGGAUACCGGGAGCCAUGUCUUUCAACCUGGAGGAUACGCUGGAGUCGGACUGGGUCGCUGUUCGGCCUAAUGUGUUCGAGGAAAAGGAGAGGCGCAAGUUCGUGUUUAUUGUGGCCUGGAAUGAGGUGGAAGGCAAGUUCGCCAUCACCUGCCACAACCGGACAGCGCAAAGGCAGCGGAGCGCAGACAAGGCGGGGGGUCGGAGCCCGGCCCGGCAACAACAGCGGGACAGUCCCGCACAGAGCCCCGCAAGGAAAGCCCGUGAGGAGCCGGAGGAGGGGGAGGAAGAGGAGUGCAGCUGGGCCGGACUCUUCUCCUUCCAGGACCUGCGGGCCGUCCAUCAGCAGCUCUGCUCAGUCAGCAGCGAACUGGAGCCCUGCCUGCCCACCUUCCCUGAGGAGCCCUCCGGCGUCUGGUCCGUACUGUUCGGGCCCUCGGAGCUAAGCGAGGCUGAGGUGGAGGAUCUGGGCCGCCAGCUGCGCCUCUACCUGGGCCAUGCGCUGGACACUAGCGGCUGGAAGAUCCUCUCCCAAGUGCUCUUUGCUGAUAGCGAUGACCCGGAGGAGUAUUACCAGAGCCUGAGCGAACUGCGCCACAAGGGCUACGAGGAGGGGCUCCAGCGGGCCCGCAAGAGACUCCAAGAGUUGUUAGAAAAGCACAAAACCACAGAAGUGAUGGUGGACUUAUUGGACUUGUACCAGCUGGAGGAUGAAGCCUACAGUAAUGUUGUAGAAGCAACCACCGAACUGUACCAGUACCUGCUGCAGCCAUUCAGAGAUAUGAGGGAGCUGGCAAUGCUGAGGAGACAGCAGAUUAAGAUCUCAAUUGAGAAUGAUUACUUGGGUCCAAGACGGAUAGAGAGCCUUAAAAAGGAAGAUGCCGACUGGCAAAAGAAAGCUCAUAUGGCAGUUCUUUCAAUUCAAGAUCUAACCGUCAAAUACUUUGAAAUAACAGCUAGAGCUCAGAAAGCUGUGUUCGAUCGGAUGCGAGGAGACCAAAAAAAGUUUGGAAAGACAGCCUGGGCUGCAGCAGUUGAGCGUGUGGAAAAGCUACAGUAUGGUGUUGCUAAAGAAACCUUGCAACUGAUGCGAGCAAAGGAAAUCUGUUUAGAGCAAAAGAAGCAUGCCCUAAAAGACCAGAUGCAGAGCUUGCAGGGCGGAACAGAGGCUAUAGCCGUGCUAGAUGAAUUAGAAGCUGACUAUUACGAUCACCAGCUCCAGUUAUAUGAAGUGCAGUUUGAGAUCCUGAAGUGUGAAGAGCUGCUGCUAACUGCCCAAUUGGAAAGCAUUAAAAGACAGAUAUCAGAGAAAACAGAUGAAGUGGUUUAUUAUGAUACAUAUGAAAGUAUGGAGGCAAUGCUGGCAACUGAAGAUAUGGCAGCUUCUAUCCAUAUACAAAGGGUAGAGUUGCAAAAGCUUCAGCAGAAAGUGCGUCAGCUUGAAGCCAAGCGUGGCCGCAUUUCCGCCAAGAAAGCCUACCUCAGAAAUAAAAAGGAAAUUUGCAUUGCAAAACACAGUGAAAAGAUCCAGCAACGACUUCAUAGCGAUGAGGGAUACAGAGCUGCACAGCUAAAGCAAGAAAAGCAGGAAGAUGAAGAGGAGCGUAAAAGCACUUGGGUUAGUCAAGAGCGUCAGAAAACUCUGGACAGGCUGCGCACCUUUAAACAGCGCCAUCCUGGACAAGUAGUACUUAAAUCGACACGGCUGCGUUUCUCUCACGAAAGGAGGAGAAGUACAAUACGGACGACCUCCUCUACUGAUGCACCACAGUCCCUUUCUGUUAGUAUUCAGACGCAAGGAUUAUCAGACCUAGGAGACACUGAAGUGUUACAACCCAUUAAGACCCAGAAGCCAGAAACCACAACACAGCUUGAAGACAGUUCAUUACCUCCUAAUGCCAUUACCUCUGAAUUGCCUCUAAUGACUUCUCUCCCCACUUUUACCCAUGAAAAACUUGAACCGGAAAUCAGUACUUUACAGCCAAGCUCCUUGCCUGCGUCACCUCCUCCUCCUCCUCCUCCACUGCCGCCGCCUCCUCCACCUCCACUACCCCCUUCUAAGCAAGAUACUGACACAUUAGAAAUAAGAGUUAUUCAUGUAAAGAAGGAGACUGAGGAAAAGGACGGUGCUAAGCCUGUAUCUGGCCCAUUGGCACAGUUAUUUGACAGCAGUCAGCUUCUCAAUGCAAGGAAGAGACUGAAGAAAACAGGGGCAUUGGAGGGCAUUCAAAGAAGGAGAGUGAGCUCACCUAUGGAUGAAGUUCUAGCUUCCCUAAAACGUGGGAGUUUUCACCUGAAGAAAGUGGAGCAGAGAGCAUUACCACCUUUUCCUGACGAGGACGAAAGCAAUAACAUUUUGGCUCAAAUCAGAAAGGGGGUUAAACUGAAGAAAGUACAGAAAGAGGCUUUAAGAGAAUCAUUCACUCUUCUCCCUGAUACUGACCCACUAACUCGCAGCAUUCAUGAAGCACUGAGGCGCAUAAAGGAAGCAUCUCCGGAAUCAGAGGAUGAAGAGGAGAGUUUGCCUUGCACAGACUGGGAGAACUAAUCGGUGAAUCAAGCCAACCACUGGGGCAUGGAGAUUGUGGGGGAGCAGAUCUGCACAGCAGAUGGAAAGCAAAAAA